CUCUGCUGGCGGAAUGGCCGCGUCUCUGCGUUUAAAUUGGAGUUUGCGGGUCGCGGUGAAGUAAUUGAAGCGUUUUCCGGGCAUUAUUUGUAGCUGUCGGGUGCUAAGGGCUGUGGUGUUUGUCCCGGGAGGAGGGGGCUGCAGGGUUUGCCCCUCUGCAUCCCACAGUUCCCGGGGCGAGUGCACGGAUGUAGACGGUGGACGAUGGCGGCGCCCAGGGCAGCGGACUCCCCGAGUCGGAGCUGGCCGAGCGCGGCGGCCGAUGCCUCGCUCCAAAUCGUCGCUCCCACCUGGACAGAAGUGGCGGGCGACCCUGCCAGCGAGCCUCCCACCCCCAGCUGGAGCAGCGGGGCGGUGGAGAACCCGGCCCCCAGCCCGAGCCGGCCGGCCGCCUGCCGCGGCAUCUCCUGGACCCCGGCCGAGACCAACGCGCUGAUCGCAGUGUGGGGCGACGAGCGGCUACAGGACGUGCUGGAGGGCAACCUGCGCAACUCGCACAUCUUCGACAGGAUCUCGCAGGCCCUGCGGGAAAUGGGCUACGAGAGAAGCGCUAACCAGUGCAAGGAGAGGAUAAAGACUCUAAAGAGGUGCUAUAGUCGAGUGAAGGAACGAGGUCGUGGUAAGAGAACCUGUAACUAUACGUUUCAACAGCUGGAGCAGGUCUUUGGACGCGUGCCUGUCGUGUGGGAACCACACGCCUAUCAGCCUGUCCUUAUUGACAGCAGUGGACUCUACCAGGACACAAAACCAGUCACUAUUAAUCUGGAAGAAAGCCGGGAAGCUCAGCCAACAGAGUUGGAAGAUUGCAGAAACGAAAAACCAGAUUUGCUCAUCAAGCAGGAGGUGCUUAUGAAUCCGAGGCCGGAACUGCAGGUCUACCAGAGGCAGGAUCUCGCUGUGUACCAGGACGCAGAUCAGGAUGUAGAAGAAAUGAAUUUUGUAAAGAAGAAGCCGGAAGCACGGCAUGAUUCCACAGAAAAUAUGCAGAAGCCAGAGAUUGUGCAGGCUCUCAUGGCACUAUUAGACUUAGUUCAGCCGAGGUGGCAUGAUUUCCAAAGUUUCGACGACCUCAGCAGCACAUACUUCGCAAAUAAACUUGGUAUCUUCGCCAUUGGUUAUAAUACGAGAUGGGUAGAGGACAUACGAUACCAUUACACAGAAAUCAGCUCCCAAGUGCCGGUUGGAAAGAGACUGAAGGAAUAUUUAAGUCCCGAAAAGCCAGAGGGCAAAGUGAUAUCUGCUAAGCGUCAGAAAAUGAACUGGAAGAAAGUAUAUUAUAAGAUUUUUGAGAUCACGAAAAGUGAGGCGCGUUGUCUCGAGCUGCACUUUGCUUUCGAAUGGAUACCCAUCGCACUUUCCCGAGCAGCCAAUGACAACAAUGUACAAUAUCUGCUUCCGGGCGGGAUCCCGGAUACCAACGGCCUCUACGUCAUUGGCUGUGAAGAGGCAGAGGGCGAGGUUUUCUCCCCACGGCGAGAUUACGGGAUUAAGGUGUUGCCGAGGGUUUCCCUGCAACACGAUUCUGGCAGCACCACUGCAGGACCAUCGCUUUUGGAGAACGAUCUUAAUCAAGGCAGCGCGAUGAAGUCAAAAAUCCGCUACUGUUAUCUCGGUGUGGCAGAGGAGAAAACCAUUUGUCAGUGCAUACUGCAACACUUUCAACCACCUGUCAAGAUGCUGGCCGUGGAGACAUGUACCAUCAACAGCUUCCUUUCUGAAAACUGCCAACCAGGAGCCAUCUCCAGAUCUAUUUACAUCAAAUUUAUAGAAGUAGAAAAAGAGUAUCUCUCUUCAGGCUGCGUGCAAGAGUGUUUGGAAAAAGCCAUGGGGUAUUCGUUACGGUUCACAAAGUAAACUCCAACCAUAGCCAACGUAUUCAAUUAUGAUGUGCAAAGAUUUCUGCCUGGUCACAUUUAGAGCUUAAUAAUGUCAGGGUUUUGAUUUUAAAGCUUCCCACAUUCGCUGUACAUGAUGGGUUUCAAUAUCAUAAUGGCUGAGAGCGAAGAUGAAGAAAUGAAAUCGAGCCAGUUUGGUCAAAACUGGAUGGAGUGGAAGUGCGAGACAGGAGCUGAAAUGGUGAUGGAGUUUGGAGUCAGUCUGUUCUGUGGAAUAAAAGCUCAACUCUGGAAUGUGGAAAGCCUUAAAAAGGCUUUAAGGUCUUGGUUACAGUCCAGAUGAUGCACAGUGUACUCUGUAGGUCAAUCAGUUUACAGUUGAGGACAAGAAUGCAAGCUGUGAGCAUACCUACAUGUUACACUGUGGCAGUAUAUUGGGAAGCAUGCUUUACUUGUAUCCUGAGGUCUUGGCCUUGCCCAACAUUCAAGCCGACCUGUCACUUUGGUGGUGAUUUCAUUGGUUUGCAGGCCAUGUCACCAAUUGAGUAACAGACAAGUAUUUCAGUCUGGGCGUAACGCCUAAAAGGCGAGAGGGAAAGAU